AUCCAUGGCUCUGGAUCCACUGAGCAGCCUGGCCCGGGCACCACGAAGGAAAACGGGGACGGUUUGUCUUCCGUCGUCCUGAAACACGAUCAUUUCGCUUGUGGCAGGCUUCCCGAGUAGCGAAUCCCCCCCCCGCCUGUGUGCGUGUUUCCAGCGGCGGUUUGAUGAAGUCCGCCCGGCGUGACCGUUGAUGGUAGCGUUUGAGGACAGAGCGACAGACGGGCGCCAGGCUGGGGCUGGAGUCACGUUAGUACCGCAGCCUUGCGUCAAGCCAGCCCAGCUAGCUAAACUGUAGUCGGACAAGUCAGCAAAGAGGGGUAGCCACGUUAGCUCGGUAGCUAGCCAGCAGACGGGUUAUUUUUGGUACGGUAUGGUGGCGUACAUGCACAUGAGCUAGCUGAACAUCUGUGCGAAAGCUGUCAACUCCAGUCGGCGUCGUCAGUUUCACAAGAGGGAAAGCCUUGACUUGGUGCUUUUCCGUCAUCUUGCUACGGCGGUGUUAGCUGUGCCCCCCUUCCAGAAAAAAAAAAUUGUCAGUCCAGACAAGGGUAAUAGCUUUCUAGGGAAUUUUAUUGCGGGACACUUGUUUUGCAUCGAAGACAUAGCUCAUAUGAGGCUCGUCUAAAGAAAAAAAAAGAUGGACCUGAAUUUUUAUUCGGAUCUGACGGACGGUACCGGGCAGCAUGGCGAUCCAGAGUUCCUGGAUCCGCAGUCAUUCAAUGGAUUUGACUCUGUCAACAAGUUCCCUGGAGGAAGUGACAGCUACCUGACAAUUUCUGGGUCCAGCCAUCCGUUUCUCUCCUCUUCAGAGACGUUCCACACCCCCAGCCUCGGCGAUGAGGAGUUCGAGAUCCCCCCCAUCUCGCUGGACCCCGAUUCGGCUCUCACCGUGUCGGACGUGGUGUCCCACUUCGGCGAGCUGUCGGACACGGGCGCCUCCGACAGCGUGGUGGUUCCCGGGAACGCUGUGGUUGGAGGGGACGACCCCUCCUUCGCUUCCACUUUUGUCAACCCCCCCUCGCAGGGACUGGAGCACCUGAGUCUGGGAGUCAUGAAUCAGUCAGGAGGCAGCGCCCUGUUGAGCUCUUCACUCGGCAUGGAUCUUGGACACCCGAUCGGCUCUCAGUUCAGCAGCUCGUCCCCAAUGACCAUUGACGUUCCAUUGAGUGACAUGGGCCACGGCCUACUAGGGACCAACCAGCUGACUACCAUUGACCAAUCAGAGCUCAGCGCUCAACUUGGCCUGGGUCUAGGCGGUGGGAAUAUAUUACAACGCUCCCAGUCACCGGAGCACCCCCUGUCAGCCACGGCGUCGCCCACCAGCUCUCUGCAGGACGACGACAUGGACGACUUCAGGCGGAGUGUGCUGGUGGAGUCGCCAGUCUCUCUCGCUGUCUCUCCCGGAGUCAUCUCCCUCGACCCCUCUCUGUCCGACUCCCCGGUCCCCACCCCAGCCUCCAGCGCCUCCCCAGCCAUGGGACAGAAAAGUGGAGCGGGAGGAGGUAACAAGAGGGGCAAGAACGGCAAGCCCGUCAAGCCCAGGAAAGACCCCAACGAGCCCCAGAAACCCGUGUCGGCCUACGCCUUGUUCUUCAGGGACACACAGGCAGCUAUUAAGGGACAGAACCCCAACACCACAUUCGGAGAGGUGUCGAAGAUAGUGGCCUCCAUGUGGGACAGCCUGGGGGAGGAGCAGAAACAAGUUUACAAGAGGAAGAAUGAAGCAGCCAAGAAGGAGUACUUGAAAGCGCUGGCAGCCUACAAAGCCAACCAGAUUUCUCAGGCCCCCAUAGAGGUGUUGGACGCCGCCCCGUCGCCCCCAGCUCCCACCAUCACCCCCCCUUCGGCCAGCACCGCCGCCCCUCGCCCCACCCGCUCCCAGCAGUACAACCCCGAGGAGAACACCAUCACCAACAUCUGCGCCUCCAACAUCAUCCUGGACCUGCCGAAGGUUGCCACGCGCUCACUCACCGGCGCCAUCAAGCCCCAAGCGCCGCCCUCCUCCACUCCCCCGGCCCCCGCCAGCGUCCCCAAGAUCAUCAUCAAACAGGCGCCGUCGCCCUCCGUGUCGACCGUGGUGGCGGCGGCGGCGGCGACGGCGGCCUCCUCGCCGCGCCAGCCUCCGCCCCUGCAGCAGAUGCAAAGCACCCCGCCGCCGCCCCGCCUGCAGCAGAUGGUCCACGCCCAGGCCCCUCCGCCCCUGCAAGCCAAGCCGAGGGGCGGGGGUGCAGGCGCCACCACGGCCCCGCCCCCCCUGCAGAUCAAGAUCGUCCCGUCGUCGCUGCAGUCGAAUUCCAACAUGCCCAUCAUGGUGACGUCGGCGGGUGAGACGGCUGCCUCGGUGUCCUCAGACUCCGCUCUGACUGUGGAGGUGGGACAGUCGGCCGCCGAGGUGGCCGAGGUCGAGGAAGGGAUGGAGGUGGAGGUGAACGUGGCUCCGGGGCCGAGCGUGACCCCCACCGCCGCUCCCAACAUCUGCGUGCGUGCCGGUUGCACCAACCCCGCCGUGGAGAGCAAAGACUGGGACAAGGAGUACUGCAGCAACGAGUGUGUCGCCACACACUGCAGGGAUGUGUUCAUGGCCUGGUGCGCCAUCCGAGGGCAGAACUCCGCCACCGUCACAUAGGAAACGGGCCGAUCUGACAGAGGGAGUGCUGCGCAUCGAGGAAAAGGACGGAAGCGAAAAUGAAUUAUGAACGAAUGAAAGUCAGAUCGAGGUCGGAGAGUGUUUUGCAUAUGUGAUCUGUUUCGUCAUGCUCACGCCAGACGGAUGGGGUUUCUCAUCUCAGGCAAAACAACACGACAGUCACAGCAAAGUAUUUGAACGUGAAUACUUUUCUGUGAGCUACAGCUUGUGUUGUAAGAACAUAGCAUAUUUAAAUCACAAAUACUGUUUUACCCCGGUCUGGUAAAAAUGGUAAGAACGAUCAGGACGGACAGACGGACGAAUAUCAAAGACGAAUCUCUGCUUUGCCACUCCAGACUCUAGACCUCAGACGAGCGCCCGAGUGGAAAAUCCUCAUCGUUGAUCUUGAAUUUAAAUUAUGGACUUGAUAAAUAACGAGAACGUUUUGUAUGGACGUUGUGUUUUUAAAUGUUUUGGGAAAGAGAUGGGGAAAAAAACAAAAAACAAAAUGUGUGGGGAAUCAUGAUCUUGCAGAUGUAAUCAAUGCAGUUCAUCCUUUGUGUGCAUGCCCUUCCCCAAGUCAACAAGUGAUUUAUGUUAAAUCAUGCUUCAGUAAUUUAUGGGUGCUUUGUUAUGGAACGGCUGGUGGCAGCGUGGGCUUCCAGAUAGAUCUGUUUAGCCAGCAUAUUUUAUAAAUGACCAGUAAUUUGGCUAAGCACAAAUGAAGUUUUUGUUUUAUUUUAUGUUUUUGGGAAAGGAGGAGUGUAAAACAUUUCAAACAGGGCGGAGAUCCAUCAACACACACCAGCUGAGUGCGUUUAAACCACCUGGAAGCCCUGGAAUAUUUAAAAACUUAAAAGAAAUAGUGCCAGUGGCUGCUGAGAUUCACAUUUCUCCAGCCACUGCAGCCCAAACAAAAUAAAUAUAUGUAUUUAAAAUAAUAAUAAUAAUAAUAAUAAAAUAAACUGCUCUACCCUGUGCUUCACUCCUGCUACACAAGAGCUUUCUUUUUAAAAUACGCCUCAGAUAUCUGCAAGGACAUUAAGUUUGUUUUGUGAGGAGGUUUUGGUGAAAAAUAUUAUUGAGAGAGAGAAAAAAAAAUAGAUAUUGGAAUCAAAUACACACACCAGCUGUGACAACACUACUGAAGGGGAAAGGGAAUAUACAGUUUUAAUUUUUAACAACAGUUUUGGUCACGGGUGACUGAAAGGGGAGAGGAGGUCUCUUUACAAAGCUGUUACCGCUGGGAUUCACAUCUCAGAGGAAAGUUACAGGGGAGUGGACGGAGUGAUGGCUCUGGUUUAUUGUAGAUACAUCCUGGAAAAUGUUUUUAACUGUGAAAUAAAAAAAAUAUUUUAUGUUUUAA